AGGGCCGAACCUGAGGUGGUGCUCCCUCUUCAGGGGAAGGACAGAAGCAGGACUGGAGGCCAUUAGCAACACCUGUUCAGGUUCUCUGGUACCCAGUGCCCAAGAUGGCCCACUGAGCUAACCAUGACUGGCCGACUGACACGUGCCACUGACUACCCAGCGGGCCAGCUCUGCAGGAGCUGACGCCUUCUCCAGCUGCCCUCCCAGCCCCACCCCCAGACGUGCCCAAGCUGCCACAGACACCAUGUAGAAGGCCAGGCCUUGCGCCACGCCCAGUGAGCUGCGAUGGUUUUAUACACAGCGCCCUUUCCCAAUAGCUGUCUGUCCGCCCUGCACGCUGUGUCCUGGGCCCUCAUCUCCCCAUGCUACUGCCUGCUGGACCGACUCCUGGCAUCCUUCACCUCCCUCCAAAUCUGCACGUGCCCCUGGAAAGACUGCCGCUGCUGGUUCCAGCUGCUCUGCACCCUGCUCUUCACGCCCGUCUACCUGGCCCUCCUGGUGGCCACUCUGCCCUUGGCCUUUCUUGGGUUCCUCCUCUGGUCACCUUUGCAGUCUUACCGCCGUCCCUACGUCUAUUCGCGGCUGGAGGACAAGGGCCUGGCCGAGGGCGCAGCCCUGCUUGGUGAAUGGAGGGGUACGGGCACCGGCAAGAGCUUCUGCUUCAGCUCUGCCAACCUCUGCCUCCUUCCGGAAUCCUUGGCCAGGCUCAACAACCUUUUCCACGUGCACGCCCGGGCCAAAGAGAUCGGGCAGAGGAUCCGCAAUGGGGCCAGCCGGCCGCAGAUCAAGAUCUACAUCGACUCUCCCACCAAUACUUCCAUCAGCGCGGCCAGCUUCAGCAGCCUGGUGUCCCCGCAGGGCAGCGAUGGCGUGGCCCGCACCAUCCCUGGCAGCAUUAAGAGGACGGCCUCUGUGGAGUACAAAGGUGAUGGCGCGCGCCGGCCCAGCGAGGAGGCUGUGAACGGCCCAGCCUCCGGGGAACCGGCCAAUGGCGGUGGCCUGGAGGACGCCUGCAUCGUGCGCAUUGGUGGCGAGGAGGGGGGCCGGCCCCCCGAAUCAGAAGACCCUGCCCCGGGGAGCCAGGCCAAGAACGGGACCGGCGGGGGCCAGCGGGGCCAGACCCCCAACCACGGUCAUCGGGACGGGGACUCGGGCAGCCUGGGCAGCCGCUCGGCCUCCCGGGAGUCUCUGGUGAAAGCGCGCGCCACGGCCGACAGCGGCGGCGGUGGGGAGCCGGGGGCUGCCAACAGCAAGCUGCUGUACAAGGCCUCAGUGGUGAAGAAGGCGGCUGCGCGCAAGAGGCGGCAUCCGGACGAGGCCUUUGACCACGAGAUCUCCGCCUUCUUCCCCGCCAACCUGGACUUCCUGUGCCUGCAGGAGGUGUUUGACAAGCGGGCCGCCACCAAGUUGAAAGACCAGCUGCACGGCUACUUCGAGUACAUCCUUUACGACGUUGGGGUCUACGGCUGCCACUGCCGUGGCUGCUGCUGCUUCAAGGUCCUCAAUAGUGGCCUCUUCUUCGCCAGCCCCUGGGCCUGGGCCUUAUGUGGGAGGGCAGGGCGGCUGGUGGGCAUCCCCCACAUACCUUGUCCAGGACCAGGUGUGGAGGCUGACACCGGCCCCGCUCCCACACAGGUGCAGGUGGGAUGCACACCUCAGGACCAAAGAAUCGUCGGGUACAUUUCCUGCACACACCUGCAGGCCCCAGCAGUGGACAGCGCCAUCCGCUGUGAGCAGCUGGACCUGCUGCUGUCCUGGCUGGCUGAUUUCCGAAAAUCUACCUCCUCGCCCAGCACGGCCAACCCCGAGGAGCUGGUGGCCUUUGAUGUCAUCUGUGGAGAUUUCAACUUUGACAACUGCUCAUCUGACGACAAGCUGGAGCAGCAACACUCCCUGUUUACACGCUACAAGGACCCCUGCCGCCUGGGCCCUGGGGAGGAGAAGUCAUGGGCCAUUGGCACCCUGCUGGACACCAAUCUUCACGAGGAGGACGUGUGCACCCCCGACAACCUGCAGAAGGUUCUGGAGAGCGAGGAAGGCCGCCGGGAGUUCCUGGUCUUCCCCCCGAGCAAGAGCCCUGGCCAGAAAGGGCGCAAGGACCUGCUGAAGGGCAACGGCCGGCGCAUCGACUACAUCUUGCACGGGGAUGAGGGGCUGGGCCCUGACUUGAAGGCUGAAGUGGAGGAAUUCAGUUUCAUCUCCCAGCUAGCGGGGCUGACAGACCACCUACCAGUGGCCAUGCGGCUGACGGUGUCCGCAGGCGAGGACGAGGCAGCCUAGACCAGCCUCUCGCCGCCCGCUGUGCAGAGGGCCGUACCAGCUCCUGGAAUUGUAGCCUGUGCCCCUGGCUGGGCCACAUCCCCUCCAGAGCUGGGGUCCUCAGCCAGGCGCGGCGGUCCUGCCUGCCCUCAGAGCUCCCAGGGACGGUGGGGCGGGCCAGACACUGCCGGCUAACCAGUGCCAUUCUUUCCAAACGGGAUUUUCUACAGCACAACCCAGUGUGGAGGCCGUGGGCCAGGCCGGGGCAUGGUCCGCACUCUGUAUAGCUUUUCUCCAGCUCCGUCCAGGGGUCCUGUUUGUAUCUGCUGCCAAUGUGUCUGCAUGCCUGCUCCCUCGCACGCACGCUGCCUGCAUGCCCCGCAUCCGCCGUAGCCACAGACCCUCGUUCGGCCUCACCCAAGGCCACACUCCAAACAGUCAGAACCAGCCAAAGAAGCACCCCCGGGGCUCAGGGCUGCCAGCGGGCCUGAGGACUGUGUCCUCGACAGCAGGGCUCUGCCCCGGGAUUUUGCGUUCAAGGGGGAUCACAUUUUAAAAGUAAGUAAACAAACAAAAAACACCACAAAGCCCUUCACUGUGAAGGGUCUAUAAGUCACAGCUCUUCCUGCGACAGGAUCCCUCCCCCGCCCCCAGGACCCCUCUGCUCAAGCCUGGGAGGUGGAGCCAUAACACAGAUGCGGGCAGGGCUCCCACUUUUUUAUAGGCGGGAACUCACAACGUCAGUGUGGAGGGGCCUCUGACUUUGACAACAUUGAUUUGUAGCUGCUUCUCUUGUAGCUGAACCAACCCAUUGCCCUCCUCAGCCUGAUGCUUGGCCCCCUCUGGUCCGUGACCAAUCCCUCCUGGGGGCUUUGCGAGCUCAGGAACCUGCGGCCACUCCACUCACUGGGUGCAGACUCGGGGUGAGGAGCCAAGCCAAACGCUGCUGCUGGCCAGAGCAGGCGAGGUACUGCUUGCUGUCGGGGACACAAGCCAGGUCUACCGCUCAUGUGACCAGGGUGACCCCGAGCUUGCCAACAACCCAACCACCCUUGUUGGCCACGGGCCACUGCCCUUUGGAGAGGAGUCACAAAGGGGGCGCUUUUCCAUCGUCCUGAGGUGGGAAGCUCCUCUGACCUGGGUUCUUUGCAUGUCCCUACCACCACCCCACCCCACUGCUUGCAGCGCCCUGACCGUGUCCAGCCUGGCUUUGAGCCAGCUCUGCCCAGCAAGGCUGGGGAAGGAGCACCAGGGUCCCACUCGGGAGCCUCCUGGUGCUGGUGUGCUGAUGCUGUGCCUUGUCACCUAUUGAGCCGCAAGAGGGGACCAAGCAGACAGCCUGAUGCCAGGUCUGCGGGAGGGGCACACAAACGAACAGAGGCUGGGAGGUAGGGCACAGAGCACCAUGACACAGGCUUAUCUGCCCUAUCUGGCCUGGGGGCCAGCUGCCAAGGACACUUAACCUUGCCCGGUCCCCAGCCCUGCUCCGAGUCCAAGCCAGGAGGCAGUCCGACCCUCCCCAGGUCUGGCCUCUGCUUAGCUAGCACAAUGGGCUCACUGGAACAACUCCAGGACUAUGGCCAGGGCCCUCAGCUUCGAGGUGGCUGUGUCCACAGAGGCAGCCAGGCCCAGCCCCCCAAACUGCAGCAGCACAGGUCCUGUCCAGCCCAAAGGGGGCUGGGGGCCUGCCUCCCUCCCUCCCUCCCCAUCACAGGGCGGCCUUAGGCAAGUCAUACCUCCCUGUGCCUGGCCACCUUGUGGUAAUAGGUCGCCUCUGCCAAGCCAGUCCCCGGCAUCCUGGGCAGGCCGCCCUGCCUCCAGCUCUCCUCACGGUCCCUUAGCACAGCGGCCAUGGCCAUGGUUCAUCACCCCGGACCCUGGGUGCAGCCAGGCUCUCCAGUUCUGAUUUUAAAAAACAAAAACAUUUCCAGGAUCUCAAAGUCUGUGCCAUCUCGGCCUGGAGGAGGCAGGCUCCACCCCAGAUCCCCCCCCUCUCCCCUCAGGCCCUGCGCCUGCCCGAGAAGCCGGGGGGGUGCAGGGUCAGCUGAGGAAGGAGAACCGUCCAUUUCAUCUGUCCGAAACACCUUGGGUUUUGAGUAUGACUAUUAAUCUUGAUGCUUUUUAACUAUUGUACUAACUUGCUGAGAUUUAGAGAUACUGUUUUAAAAAAUGAAAGAAAAAAAAAACCACACUUUUUUAAUUUCUGUAUUUUUUUCUGUAUUGUAUCCACACGGGAUCUAAGGGGUUUUAUAGGGCAAGCACACUUAAGGUUUUGGUAAACACAUUAGCAAAUACAUAUCCAGACGAUUCUUCCCUUGAAGAAAACAUUCUUUACACCUGCUAUAAUCUUUUGAAAGGAGGAGUGUUUUUCCUUUAUUGGUGCUGAAAGGAUGGAUGGAUACAAGGAGAAAAUAAAACUGUGAGGCUUGAA